GAUCUUUAAAAGACAAAGUAAUAUUGAUAUUGCGCCCGUAAGUACAUGUGUGUGUGUGUGUACGUAUAGUUGUGUAGCUGUUAGCUGGUCUUGUAGCGAUCUCAAGGUCUUGACAAGCUCUAACAUGGACAUCAAGAUCAGUGUGGAGGAGGAGUGUAUGGAGGGAAGCUUAACAAGCUAUUGCAAGGACGUAGAAAUGGUCAAAUUGUUUGUUGGUCAAGUACCCCGCAGUUGGGAGGACGGGGAGUUGCGUGACGUGAUGGAGACGUACGGCCCAAUUCAAGAGCUUACUAUUCUCAAGGAUAGGACCGAUGGGACCAGCAAAGGUUGUGCGUUUGUAACCUUUAUGAGUGGUCAGUCUGCAAUCGAGGCUCAGAAAGCCCUCCACGAGAAAAGGACACUGCCGGGGAUGAGCCAUCCAAUGCAAGUCAAGCCUGCAGCAGUUGACGCUAAGGCCACCCCAGUCGAGGAGAGGAGGUUGUUUGUGGGGAUGCUUUGUCGGAACCUCUCUGAAGAUGAUGUGAAGGCACUCUUCAACACGUACGGUGCAGUGGAUGAUGUCUCUAUAUUACGCAAUGCUGAUGGCAAGAGUAAAGGUGCUGCGUUUGUGCGAAUGAGUAACAAAGAUGAAGCUAGGGACGCCAUUAGUGGUCUGCAUGGAAGCCAAACAAUGCCAGGGUGCUCUGCUCCACUGGUGGUCAAGAUAGCAGACACAGAGAGAGAGAAGAAUGCUAAGAGACUACAAGCUGUGAAGGCUGAUGGAAUAACUGCUGCUCUCGGAUCAAUGCAAACAGCUGCUUACUUCAAGAUGCAUCAAGGUGGUAUCGUGCCUGCUCCUGUCAACAACUCGUUUGGCCUGGGGACAAGUCUACACAAUCCAGCUAUGGUCAAUUCAUCAUUAGGCAAUCUCAGUUCAGCCAUGUUAACUGCAGCCGCUCCUCUCCCUGCUGGUUUCCACCCGGCUAAGAUGAUUCACCCACUCACCAAUGAUGCUAUUCUGAGUGCCUAUCUGGGUAUGCAGAACCCUAUGACUGCUCAGUUUGCAGCCACUUAUGCCACCACUCCGGCUGUCACUAAUCAACAAAACAACAGCAACAGUCCGUCCUACUCCAAACAGAAGGAAGGGCCUGAUGGCUCCAACCUGUUCAUAUACCACCUCCCUAACGAGGUCAUGGACCCUGACCUUGCACAAAUGUUCUCACCUUUUGGCGCAGUCCUCUCAGCUAAAGUGUUCAUCGAUAAAGCUACCAAUCUCAGCAAAUGUUUUGGGUUUGUCUCCUAUGACAACGCUCUCUCUGCACAAAGUGCCAUCCAAUCAAUGAACGGCUUUCAGAUUGGAACAAAGCGACUUAAGGUUCAACUCAAGAGGCCGCGUGAAUCCACACGACCUUACUAACCAUGGUGUGUGUGUUUGUGCGUCGAUUGCCAACCAAUUUGACUGUCUCUCUGUAUGUACGUUGACUUGUUGCAUUGUUUGUAUUAUUAUAAUUACGUGUAUUGUGUUUGUGUGGACUGUUUGUUUCCCCUAUACAUGUUGUAUCACUGACUCGUCGGUCGCUUUUAUUUUACCGACUUCACAACUUAUUCAGUAUCACAACUCACUUUUGGUACAAUUGCAGUAAACUAAAAAUGUAUAUACUUUCAAAAAAUACAUCAAUAAUAUUG